AUGACAGCGUUGGGCAGCUCAGCUGUCAUACAUCUUUCCCCUCAAGUGCAGUCACAGUGCUGGCCAUAGGUUGCGUUGUGGGCAGUUUCAAGGACGAGUGCCGGUUUCCAGUUCGGAAAAGACGUCAAUUUCAUCAGUGAUGGCGCAACAAAGGCAUUUUCUUGAGUUUUGUUGUUGAUGCGUGGUUUGAAGAGAGGCGAUGGAUGUCCGCAUGGUUCUGGGGAGUCCAGAUAACAUUCUCCUGGCCAAUAAUCCUGACACAGGAAGUGGUUGUUUGAAGCAUCCCUGUGAGGACCAGGACAGAAGCUCCAGCCCGUCUGUCCUUCGUUCUGUGACCACUACAGGGAAGGAGGGUCUGCUGAACAGGAAGAGACCAUUUGUUGGAAGAUGCUGUCACUCAUGCACACCCCUGAGUCAGGAGAGGCUGUUCAACCCCAGCAUCCCUUCACUAGGGCUCCGUAAUGUGAUUUACAUCAAUGAAACGCACACAAGACACAGAGGUUGGCUUGCACGGAGACUGAGUUAUGUGCUGUUUGUCUUGGAGAGAGAUGUCCGGAAAGACAUGUUUGCACGCAAUGUGGUGGAGAAUGUGCUUAACAACAGCAGGCUGGAAAGUGCUAUCGUGGAGGUAGCAUCCGAGGGUGCCAGCACAGAUGCAGAGUCUGGAGUGGAUUCUAAAGCUGUCAGUAAAGUUAGGCGAAAGGCCAGAGGAUUCCUGCAGGAAAUGGUUGCCAACAUCUCACCUGCCUUCAUCAGAUUAACAGGAUGGGUGUUGUUGAAAUUGUUUAAUGGAUUCUUCUGGAGCAUUCAGAUCCAUAAAGGUCAGCUGGAGAUGGUGAAGAAAGCUGCAUCUGAGUACAAUGUUCCCCUGGUCUUCCUUCCUGUUCACAAGUCCCACAUAGACUACCUGCUCAUCACCUUCAUCCUGUUCUGUCACAACAUCAAAGCCCCUCACAUCGCAGCUGGCAACAACCUUAACAUCCCCAUCUUAAGCACUCUAAUACGGAAACUCGGAGGAUUUUUUAUUCGUCGUAAACUGGAUGAGACUUCAGACGGGAAGAAGGAUGUGUUAUACAGAUCACUGUUACAUGCAUACACGGAAGAGUUGUUGCGGCAGCAGCAGUUUUUGGAGGUGUAUUUAGAGGGCACACGCUCUCGCAGUGGGAAGCCGUCUCCAGCACGUGCGGGCAUGCUCUCAAUUGUGGUUGACGUACUCUGUGCCAACAGCAUCCCUGAUGUUCUGAUCGUGCCUGUAGGCAUCUCUUAUGACCGCAUUAUAGAGGGAAACUACAACAGUGAGCAGCUGGGCAAACCUAAGAAGAAUGAGAGUCUAUGGGGAAUUGCCUGUGGCGUGUUCAGGAUGCUCCGGAAGAAUUACGGCUGUGUGCGUGUGGAUUUCACACAGCCCUUCUCCCUUAAGGAAUACCUAGACACACAGCGCAGUCGCCAUCUCCAGACCUCUCUCACGCUGGAGCAGAUCCUUCUCCCCACCAUCGUCGCUGCACAACCUGAUCAGGCUGUUUUUAAUGGAGAAGAUGAGGAUCAUCUGAAUUCUAGAGACCUGUCAGAUGAGCCCUGGAGGAGGCAGGUCAUCGCUAACCUGGCCAAGCAUGUUCUCUUCACCGCCAGCAAGUCAUCAGCAAUAAUGUCCACUCAUAUCGUGGCCUGUCUCCUCCUGUAUCGGCACAGACAGGGUGUACUGCUGUCUAAACUGGUGGAGGAUUUCUUCAAUAUGAAGGAAGAGAUCUUGUCACGGGACUUCGACCUGGGUUUUUCUGGGAACUCAGAGGACGUGGUCAUGCAUGCGCUCAGCCUUCUGGGAAACUGUGUGAAUGUCACCAGCACCAACAGAAACACCGAGUUCAUCAUCGCCCCUAGCAACACUGUACCUGCACUCUUUGAGCUCAGUUUCUACAGUAACGGCCUUUUCCAUGUCUUCAUUGCUGAUGCCAUUAUAGCUUGCAGUGCGCUGGCCCUGCUGAGAGAGCAAUCUGCAACUUCAGUGAGUGAGCAGAAUUCUUCAUCCACGCUGCUCAGCCAGGAGAGACUGAUCCGCAGAGCUGCAGGCCUCUCCCACUUUCUGUCCAAUGAGGUGGCAGUAGCGCUGCCUUGUCAGACUUUGUACCAGGUCUUCCAUGAUGCUAUCACCAGGUUAAUCGAGUAUGGUGUGCUCAUUGUUGCUGAGGAGGACCAGGAGGAGUUGAGCCCUUCUGAGGAGCCUUGGCCCAAGAAGUUUCCAGAGGCUCUUGCUUGGCGAAGUGAUGAAGAUGAAGAAGACAGUGACUUUGGAGAUGAACAAAGAGACCGUUACCUGAAGGUGAGCCCAUCAGCUGAGCACCAGGAAUUUUAUACUUUUCUGCAGAGGAUUCUCACUCCGGUGAUGGAGGCCUAUAGUGGUGCAGCAAUCUUUGUACACAGCCUGAGUUCGCCCAUGUCAGAGAGAGAGUAUACACACAAGCUUUUCAAGUAUCUGCUGACACGUACAGAGAGAGGAGUGGCUGCAUAUGGAGAGAGUGCCACACACUACCUCGUAAAGAAUACAGUGAGAACAUUUAAAGAGCUGGGGGUGCUUAAAGAGAGACGAGAGGGUAGUGUGUGCUGUCUGGAGCUGAGCAGCACUUUUUUACCUCAGGCCAACAGGAACAAACUCCUGCACUAUAUUCUGGGUUUCGGUCUGCUGUGAGACAUUAGGACCAUCAACAC